UUUAAAUUUUACAAAAAAAAAUUCCUUUGGUUUCCCUCUUCGACUUGAUGGUCCACCCUUCUUUCUGGCGAUUUCGUCUUCAAGAAAUCCCUCCGCGUCUUCGCAAUCGUUGCUUCCACACCUCUCCGGGUGCAUACACACCAACCUCUUCUUCUCAGAGGAUCGUUUCGGUUUCCUCAUGCUGGUCACUUACGACUGAUAACGAUCACCAAUCCCUCUUCCGUUACUUCGACCACGUUCUUGAAUCAAGCGUGACAGCUCAGCAAUGCCAGCAAGUUCACGCCCAAGUACUUCUAUCCGAUUUAAUCUACCGUUCCGGGUCACUAGCUGCGAAAAUCGUCUCGGUUUACACCCGGUUUGGUCUCCUCAACGAUGCCCGUAACGUGUUCGACACUGUUCCGCUUGUUCUGUACUCGGAUUUGCGUUUAUGGAACUCGAUUUUAAAAUCCAACGUCUCUCACGGACAACACGAGAACGCUCUUGAGCUCUACGAUGCAAUGCGUGAACGAGGUCUCACAGGGGACGGGUUUAUCUUACCCUUGAUCCUUCGAGCUUGUCGUUACUCAAGUCGUUUUGGUUUGUGCAGGGCUUUGCAUAGUCAUGUGAUUAAGAUUGGUUUGCUAGAGAAUCUCCAUGUAGUGAACGAGUUGCUUGCACUGUAUCCAAAGGCGGGAAGGAUGGGAGAUGCACUCAAGCUGUUCGUUGAAAUGCCUGUGAGAAACCGAAUAUCGUGGAACGUCAUGAUUGCAGGUUUUUCUCGAGAGCAUGAUUGUGGAAGUGCUGUUAGGGUCUUUGAAUGGAUGCAACGCGAAGAGUUUGUACCGGACGAAGUGACUUGGACUUCGGUUUUAUCUUGUCAUUCUCAAUGUGGGAAGCUUGAAGAUGUGAUCAAAUAUUUUGAUGUUAUGAGGAUGAGUGUGAAUGUAGUUAGUGGCGAAGCUCUUGCUGUUUUCUUCUCCGUGUGCGCUGAGUUGGGAGCGUUCGGUAAUGCUGAGAAAGUUCAUGGGUUUGUUGUAAAAGGCGGGUUUGAAGAGUAUUUGCCAUCGAAGAACGCGUUGACGUACGUGUACGGGAAGCAAGGGAGGGUUAAAGAAGCUGAGCAGUUGUUUAGGAAGAUAAGGAACAAAGGUAUAGAGAGCUGGAAUGCUUUGAUAACUUCGUUCGUGGAUGCUGGCAAACUCGAUGAGGCGCUCUCGUUGUUUACUGAGUUGGAGGAGAUGAAUGGCUUUUGCAACGUCAAGGCUAAUGUAGUUACUUGGACUUCGAUUAUCAAGGGGUGUAACGUGCAAGGAAGAGGAGAUGAUUCGCUUGAAUAUUUCCGGCGAAUGCAGUUUUCGAAAGUUUUGUCUAAUUCGGUGACGAUUUGUUGUAUACUAUCCAUCUGUGCGGAGCUUCCAGCUUUGAAUCUGGGGAAAGAGAUCCAUGGACAUGUGAUUAGAACCUCGAUGAGCGAUAACAUUCUGGUUCAGAAUGCAUUGGUGAAUAUGUACAGCAAGUGUGGGUCACUCGGUGAAGGGAAUCAAGUAUUUGAAGCAAUUAGGGACAAGGAUUUGAUCUCAUGGAACUCGAUGAUCAAAGGUUAUGGUAUGCAUGGGUUUGGUGAGAAAGCUCUGAGUAUGUUCGACAGAAUGAUAAAAUCCGGGUUACAUCCUGAUGGAAUUGCUUUGGUAGCUGUUCUUUCAGCUUGUAGUCACGCAGGGCUUGUUGAAAAGGGACGCGAGAUUUUCAGUUCGAUGAGCAACAGAUUUGGAAUAGAGCCACAACAAGAGCACUAUGCAUGUAUUGUUGACCUCCUUGGCCGUGUAGGAUUUUUAAAAGAAGCUAGCGAGAUUGUGAAGAGCAUGCCUAUGGAGCCUAACGUCUGUGUGUUAGGAGCUCUAUUAAAUUCUUGCCGGAUGCACAAAGACAUGUACAUCGCAGAGAAUAUAGCAUCACAGCUUUUUGAUCUUGAACCGGAGAAGACUGGAAGCUAUAUGUUGCUGUCUAACACUUACUCUGCUAGCGGAAGAUGGGAAGAUUCUGCAAAGGUUAGGGCUUUGGCGAAGAAAAAGGAUCUUAAGAAACUAUCUGGAAGCAGUUGGAUUGAGUUAAAGAAGAAAGUCUACAAAUUCUCGUCAGGAUCAUCAGUACAGAGCGAGUUUGCGAGCGUCUACCCGGUUCUUGAGGAUUUGGUAAGUCAUAUGUGGAAGAAAGGCCCUACUACACACGAUGGACACCGUUACGAGGAUGAUCAUGACUUAUGGACAGCGUAAUAGAUGAGUAUAUCCCGCACAGACUGAGAAGAUGCAGAAGAAACAAAACCAAAUCUACAGAACUUAUCAGCAAUGCUACAGACCUUUAUCAAACUAGUCUCAAAAGUGAAGAGUAUUGCAGGUUCUGAUAAUCCACGGCGUUAUCUUUGAUGUGCUAAAUGAUGAUCGUAGGCAAAGCUAAAGAACGCUAUUGCCUGUCCUGUACUACCGAGAAAUGUCUAGCUGCUGCAGAACCAAGUUGAGUUCAGCCUUGAAACGUUUAAUCUAGCACUGAAGAUCGCACACAAUUCUAGAACACCCACCAAUUGGUUCAUGGUCACACAGAUCAGCGUCGAAGUCAAAGAUAAUGGUGUGCAUAACGAUAUCUUUCUGAGAUUGUACUAUAACAGUUCUAAGUUCAAUCAUACUCGUACAUUACUUUCAAAUUUAUGAAAUAAUCUCAAUACCAACUAUAACGUUUAACACCUUUUGUAAUUAAACAUGCUUGGCAUCAAGCAGCCCCCACCCUCACAGCAGUUGAAUGUGAAGAAUUGGUUACAAGUAUCCCAAUCUAUCUCGCAAGUCUUAACUGUUCCUCAAAAACUAAAAC